AUGGGAAGAGGGUCUUCGUUUGCAAUCGACGAAGAGAUGCUCGCUCUCGUCGUCCCUUGCUCGCCGCCUUCACUGUCGUCGUCGGAAUCCGGCUCGCCGCCUUCACUGUCGUCGUCGGAAUCCGGCUCGCCGCCUUCACUGUCGUCGUCGGAAUCCGGAAUCCGAAUCGCUGCAAUCGACAAGCUUCUUCUACUCGUCGUCACCCACUGCUCGCCAUCUUCACUCGUCGUCACCCACUGCUCGCCGUCUUCACUGCCGCCGUCUUCACUGCUCGCUAGCUGCGUGGAGAGGAUCGAAGGAAGGAAGAGGAUCGAAGGAAGAAGGGUUUCGGCGGUGAGAAGAAUGGUUUCGAAGGAAGAUAGUGUUUGUCUUAAUUGGUUUCAGACAACCGGUUGUACCGGUUAUCACACACAAAUAAAAUAA